CGCAGAUUUCCAUGAUGGUCAACCUCAAUAUAUACCUAUUGGGUGCUUGCGCUUGGGGGCAGGUUACCUACGCAUUCGUCGAUUACGGCAACGUCUAUCCAAGAAAAUACUCGCUCAGCGCAGAUGUUCAAGUAGCUGAUCAGAGUUACGACAAUACUACCACAAUCACGCUGUCACCUGCGCAUCCCGUCCUCACGCUCGAUUAUGGUACCGAGAUUGCCGGCUUCCCGUUCUUCGUCGUUGCAGAAGGCGCAUCCCCGGCACAGAUUGAGGCCGCAUACUCAGAGGCCUUUGCGUACCUCGACGACGAAAAUGCUGAUGGACCAUGGACAUUUUCCAACGGCCUAGCGAACAGUUGGCGGGUUGAGACAUUCAACAUCACCAGUGGAGGUCACACUGAGAGCUUCUUUGUGCAAGGUGGGCAGCGAUGGCAGUCCAUCCGUCUGCUUACGAAUCAUUCCUUGACCCUCGAGAGCAUUGGCUUCCGGGCAACGAGCGAGCACAAAGAUGUGGACCAGCAGCCAGGUCACCUAAGGACCAGUCACGACGUUUACAAUAAAAUUUUUGAUCUUGGUGGGCAAGUCGUCCAAGCGGCUUGCGUGGAUGCCGGCAAUGCGCCUUCGACCUGGGAGCUAACUGACGAGGGAGCGUACAUUCGGGGUCAGACCAGCGCUCAAUCUUCUAUCGGGCGUGUAAUGGGCGCUGCCAACUACACAUUGGAAUUUGAUACAAAGAUUGUAAGAGGCGGAACAGGGUGGCGUGUAGCCAGCGCGAUUCAACCACUCGGACCGUAUUUUGUCCUGACUUCCAACUAUCCAGAGCAAAACACGUUUGUAAACACGAACAGAACGCUGCUCCCGCCCAAUACUUUGAUUGUAAACGGCGGAUGGAGCUUGCUCAACCAGUCUACUCUAGAAACGCCCGCGAACCAGUAUUAUCCUCUGAACAUUUCGGUGGAGGAGAACAAGUGGUACCACAUCGUCACGGCUAUCAAAGAGGAUGGGUACACCAUCAGUCUCAACGGAGAGAACAUUGCUUUCGUCCCACUGCCGCCACCAAUAUCACCUCCUGUUUUCUUCAAUACAGCCUCUCGGUAUGAAGGCACAUGGGGUUUCGGAGGCUUCCAAGAUCAAAUCGCUGUCGUCGCAAAUGUAUCAGUCGUUGCAUCCAACAAGACCAUUAUCUACACCAACGAUAUGAAAUCUCCGGGUGUCCUGGCCGAGUAUGCCGUAGCACCGCUCGAUCACUCUAUCUGUCUGGAUGGCGCAAAGCGCGACCGUCUAGUCUGGAUUGGAGACUUUUACCACACCGUCCGCGUACUGGCUCAGUCGAGCGCACGAUGGGACUACAUCAUCGGAUCCAUCGAUUACGCCUUUGGCUACCAGGCGAAAUCCGGGCCCUUCGCCGGUUUCGUACCCAUAUCCGCACGACUAGGCACGCGACCAGAAUACUCGGACGCCGACCCAGCAGGACCCGGUCUAGUCGACUACCAAGACCUCUUCCUCGCCUCAAUCGGCCAAUACUACCGCUACACAGGCGAUGCAAAGGGCCUAGAGCCAUACUGGGAAAACAUCAAAGCACUCCUCAAAGCACGUCUCACCUACAUAGACCCAACUAGCGGUCUCGCAGCCGGAAGCCCUGCCGCUCCAAACCCAGGCUCCUUCCUCGGCCCCGCAAACGGCACCGCAGUAACAGGCCUAAUGUCUUUCGCGCUCCAACAAAUCGUGCCCCUAGCCCUCGCCUUCCAAGACACGGCCACGGCCUCCCUCUGCAACACCACCGCCCUCUCCCUCAACGACGCCCUAAACACUAAACUCUGGAACCCGGAGCUAGGCACCUACUCCCUCGACCUCACCUCCCCUGGAAACUUCUCACUUACAGGUAUUGCGUGGUCCAUCCUCAGCGGCGCAGCAAACACCUCUCAAAUCACUUCUUCCCUCGAAAAACUCGAAGCGCUGCGUUUCGGCGCCGGCUACAAGACCAUUUCUUCAGAAGAAGAAACACCGGAAUACCAACUCGCUCCUAACCCCUCCGGCUUCCUCCUCGAAGCCUUGUUCCAGGCACAAACAGCGCACGGCGUCGAUACCGCCAAGACGGCGAUUACGCAUCUGUUAGAUGGACUCUGGGGUAGCAUGGUAAACGAUGAGCAGUAUGCCAGCGGUGCGAGCUGGGAGUACGUGAAGCCGGAUGGACGACCGGGCAUAACGGCAUUUACGAGUUUGGCGCAUCCGUGGGGAGCGGCGCCUACGUAUGUACUGCCGGAGUAUUUGCUGGGUGUUACGCCCGUGACGGCUGGGUAUGCGAGGGUUGUGGUGCAGCCUGCGGUGGGUUACCUUGGGUUGGACAAGGUACAGGGACGGGUCCCGACGCCGUUUGGGUCGUUGGAGGUGGGGUGGACGGUUGAGGGGGGUAAGGCGAAGGUUGAGAUUGAGGUUCCGGAGGGGAUUAAGGGUGAGGUGAGGGUGCCGAAGGGGUGGAAGGUAGACGGGAAGCAGGAGGAGGGUGGUAUGAUGGAGUUGGGGUCAGGGACGACUGAGAUUGUUUUGUGUACUGUGUAGAUAUGUGGGUUGAUAAGCGUAAUUAACUCUGGGCUUUGUUGCUUGAAUAUAUUUGCAAGGCUUCCAGGGGCCCAUACAAACUCUUUCCUC